UAAAUAUAUAUAUCAACUAACAAUAAAUAAAUAAUUAAUUUCUUUUUUGUAUAAAUUUUGUAAAUGAAAAACUAAACAAAAAAAAAAACAACAAUUAAAAAAACCUAUAUUAGCUGUAAUGGCUUUAAGAAAGUUAAACAAUUUAAUUUGACAACCACCAAAACGAAAUGUCUCAUUUAUUAAAGCGUACAAAAAAAUCUUGUAUCAAGCUCAUACGUAAAUUGUCUACAAAACAAAUAUUCCUUAAACGUUUAGAAGAGGAAGAUAUCUCCACCGAUAUUGAGCCAUCGGUAGAAGCAACCGAAAAACCGAACAAUCAAAAUUCCAACACAACACCGAAAAAUGCAGUGACAAGAUCAUAUCAACGUCAAUCGAGUAAGAAGGAAGCCAAAGAUAGUCCCAAACAUAAACAGAAUAAAAAUGGCAAAACAUUAAAACACUUAGAUGAAGAUGAUGAUGAGGAGGAUGAAACUCCCGAUACGGAUAUUUUACAAAGUUUAACAUCUAAACUCUUUCUAACAGCCGAUGGUUAUGAAUUUCAACGUUUAGAACAAUUGCGCAGUGAUACCGCCUCGGAAAUUAUACCGUUUGAUGCAAACUACACCAAUACACAUAAUAACAUUAAAAAACCGCCAUCAUCAUUUGCCGAUGACAUAAAUCUAGAGGUUGUUUUUGAAAAAGUCAAGUACAAAGAAGAUGUGCGUUACUUCCGUCAUACACCGUCCACAGCCAGUUUAGAUAAUUACUUUAUUAAUGAUCAGGAAUUAAACCUCAUUACUAGCAACAAUACCCAUACCAGCAACUGUCCCAAUGGCAAUAGUGAAAAUAACAACAGCAACAACAAUAUUAGCAACAACAAUCAUAAUCACAAUAAUAACAACAACAGCAAUGCUAUUAAUUUAAAUAAUCCAAUUUUUACCAAUAGAGGCCUUGAAAUGACGCAUCAUAAUUACUUUAAUUCCCAACAUAAUCAUCAUCAUCUUAAUAAUCAUUUGCUUCCAGUUAAUGUUAGUUUAGGUUGUAAAUCCGAUGGCAACUAUCAUCAAUUCAUAAUUGGUCAGGAAAGAGAUUGCUUUUAUAAAUUAACUCCCGUUGUUAAAUGGGAUAUAAAUGGAAAUUCUUUGGAAGAUGAUAUGGAUAAUUUUCAUUGCUUUAGUAUAAAUUCAAAUAAUUCACCGGCUAAAUCAAGUUUACGCUCAAGUUCGACCACAUUGGAGACCUGGCUGGAAGAUGAGUAGAGCGGAGUAGGAUUAGGCGAUUACUCUAGUGGGAAUGGUAGAGGGAUUAUAAGAUUUUCUGCAUUUUAGUUCAUGUGAAUAAAACGGAAUCGGGAAUAUCUAUCUAUUGGUUAUUAAAAAGAUUUUAAACAAAUAGAACUAUAGAAAUCGGUUCUACAUAUUUCAGCAUUUUAUGGUUUGCGAGUUUGGGCGACUGUUCUCUUUUUGAUUUCGUUUUCUUAAUCGAUUAUUCGAUUUUCUUACAAAAAUUUCGAUUCUUGAUUUAGAACUGAUAAAUGGAAAUAUCGACAUUUUGAUCGUUUAAAAACCGAUUUGUAGAAAUUGAUAUCAAAGCUUGGUUCAUGAUUUUUUUUAAUAGUCGAUCUAAAUUGUUUUAAGCUUUUCAAAUGCGUUAAAGUUAUUCUAAACUUCGAUCAAGCUCCAUAGGACCUCCGAUAAAGAAUCCAAGAUUCUCUAGGGUUCUUCAAACGUCUUAUGCACAAGUCAAGGAAAUGUUUCAUUCAUUUUAUGAUAUUCGGAAUUCGUGAUUUUGCGACAUCAUUUUCACACGCAGUUCUCUGGGCUUACUCCAGAACUAGUUUCGUAGACUUGCGAAAUAUUUGUAAAACAAAAGAUCUUUUGAAACUUAAACUUUACUUCGAAAUCUUGUUUUUUAUUCGAAGCUCUCAAAUUGAUUUGAACUUUUCUAAAGCGAUAAAAUUUUAGGGAAGAAAACUCUCGAUCAAAUUUCCGCGAUCCUCGAGUGCUCAUGAUAUUUUGUUUUAAAAUGUCUAGAAUAAUGUUGGAACCACUCUAAGAGGUUUAGAAUGUCCACGUAUAACGAUAUCAUAUUAGAGUCAGUUAAGACUCUCAGAAUCACAGCAUAUAAGAAAAUUCUCAUUUUCCAAUUGAGUUAAAAAAAACGUUCAAGAUUUAAUUUCAGUUAAUUUUAAACCUCUCGUCACCGAAAAUACCAAUUCAAAUCUUAUUCUAUAUUUCCAUUAAGGCCCUCGGGUAGAGAUACAAGCCGAUGCAAAAUGAUCGUCGUCGGCGGCGAACUAUUUUAGAUCUGCGGCGGCUUAUUAUAGAAAAUAUCGGCGGCUAAAUUGUCGGCUCAAUUUAAUUUUUACAUCAAGCGUUUAUUAUAUUGUAUAAUAGUCUGUUAUACAGAAACAUGUGUCUAUAUAAGUUUUUUUGGCAACAUUUUUCAAUUUGCCAUAAAAAUUUAAAAUAGUUUUGAAAUUAUUUUCUGAAAUACAAAAGCGUUUCCAAUCUUUAUCAGAGACUACGUUAAGGCCAGCUUAACUUUUGAGCCGAAAGAAGUCGGCGGCGGCACGGCUUGAAAAAUAUUACCGGUGGCCAGCAGCCGCCGAUUUGAGCUGUCUCGGCUUGUAUCUCUGCCAUCGUAAGGCCUUACAAUCUUGAAGUUGCACAAAACGAUAACAAAAGCAUGAUUGUGAAGAUAUAAUUUGAACUUUUUUUAUAACAACAAUACUUUAAGAGAUUUUGAAUUUCCACUUAUAACGAUAUCAGAUUGGAGUCAGUUGAGACCCAGAACUCAAACCUCUCGUCACCGAAAAUCCUAUUCUAUAUUUCUAUUAAGGCUCUCGGGAUGCUUUACAAACUUGAAGUUGCUCACAACGAUAACCAAAGCAUGCAAAUUUCCUGAAGCCGGUGUAACGUUUAAACCUCUGUAAAAGAUUUGGAACUUAGACAUAUAAUGAUAUUGUUUUAGAGUCUUUAUAUCGGAAUUCUUUUUCGAAUUGCAGAGUGUAAUCACAUACCAAUUGUCUAUUUCCGAAUUAGGUUUAAUCGAAAAGUGAAAUGAUUUCGGAAACUAGAAUGAGGUUAUCUUUGGAACUCUUAAAAUUUCUUGUCCUUAAAUUUGAUUCUGUUGAAUACCGUGGAUUACUACCAAACUCGAUCCGUUAGAGAACUGUUUCGAUUAACAAUAAAGUUGUUAAAUAAAAACAUGAACGAUAUUAACUUUUGGACCCUCAUCAAUUCUCGGAAUUUUACUAUUAAAAGAAGUAAUAAGUCCAAGCAAGUGUAGAUAUUGCUACAAAUUUGCGCAAACUUUAUAUAUUUAUUACUUUCCUAAUCCCUCCGUAAGUCCUUUCCCCGCUAGAGUUGUUAAAUCAAUGAUUGUGAAGUUAUGAUUUGAACUUGUUUUUAUAACAACAACAAUGUGGCCUUAAUCAUUAUCAAAAUGUAAAGAAAAAGUUGUGUUUAUUGUCGCUCUCUCUCGCUCUUGCUCGCUGUCUUCUCUAUCCACACAUCACUUUAUCACUCUCGCAAAGUGUAAUUAAAUUUUGAAAUAUAGCAGGAAAUAAAAAAAAUUAUAUUAUUACAAAUAACAAUCAGCAA